UUGCCAAUCUGCCUUUUAAAGGUGCCUCUCGCAUUUUUCAUCGUCUGCGCGUUUCUUUGCUAAACAGCCAAUACGAAAGUGACUCAUUCUCGAGCCCACUGUAUCUCCCUCAUGGCUUCCUCUUCUCUGUUUCAGGGUUCUCCUUUCACCUUCAAAUGCAAACCCUCCGUUCCAUACCCACCACCCAAAUACAACGCCUUACCUAAUCAUCUCAGCAUCAAAGCUCAAUCUCAACCCGGAUCGCCAAUUACCCAGAACAACUCUGUGUCCUCUGCUUCGAAACCGCGUCGCCCCGCCGACGAGAACAUUCGCGACGAGGCUCGCCGCAUCAAUGUUGCCGGCCACCAUCGAUUUUCCGCCAAGUAUGUUCCUUUUAAGGCGGACCCUUCGUCCACCGAGUUCUACUCUCUCGACGAGAUCGUGUAUCGGUCCCAGUCUGGUGGGCUUCUCGACGUCCAGCACGAUAUGGAAGCUUUGAAGAAAUAUGACGGUGAGUAUUGGCGCAACCUUUUUGAUUCUCGGGUGGGUAAGACCACGUGGCCUUAUGGGUCGGGCGUCUGGAGCAAGAAGGAAUGGGUGUUACCUGAGAUCGAUAGUGACGAUAUUGUGAGUGCGUUUGAAGGGAAUUCAAAUCUGUUCUGGGCUGAGCGUUUUGGCAAACAGUUUCUGGGCAUGAACGAUUUGUGGGUGAAGCACUGUGGGAUUAGUCAUACUGGUAGCUUCAAAGAUCUGGGCAUGACUGUAUUGGUGAGCCAGGUCAAUAGAUUGCGAAAAAUGAAUCGACCUGUUGUGGGUGUUGGUUGUGCUUCUACAGGUGACACUUCCGCUGCUUUGUCUGCUUAUUGUGCUUCUGCGGGAAUCCCAUCAAUUGUGUUCUUGCCUGCAAAUCGGAUUUCUAUUGCUCAAUUGGUCCAGCCAAUUGCAAAUGGUGCGUUUGUGUUGAGCAUUGAUACUGAUUUUGACGGAUGCAUGCAGUUGAUUCGGGAAGUCACAGCCGAGUUGCCUAUAUAUUUGGCUAAUUCUUUGAACAGCCUAAGACUAGAGGGGCAGAAGACUGCAGCUAUUGAGAUUUUGCAGCAGUUUGAUUGGGAAGUCCCUGAUUGGGUCAUAGUACCAGGGGGAAAUCUGGGAAAUAUAUAUGCAUUUUACAAGGGUUUUCGAAUGUGUAAGGACUUGGGACUUGUUGAUAGGAUUCCAAGGCUUGUUUGUGCUCAAGCAGCAAAUGCGAAUCCCCUGUAUUUGUACUUCAAGUCUGGUUGGAAAGAAUUUAAACCCAUAAGAGCUAGCAGUACCUUUGCAUCUGCCAUACAAAUUGGUGAUCCUGUCUCAAUAGACAGAGCUGUUUUUGCUUUGAAGAAUUCAGAUGGGAUUGUUGAGGAAGCAACUGAGGAAGAAUUAAUGGAUGCCAUGGCUCAAGCAGACUCCACUGGCAUGUUCAUCUGCCCCCAUACUGGGGUUGCUUUAAGUGCACUGUUUAAACUGAGAAACAGUGGGGUCAUAAAGCCUACAGAUCGGACUGUUGUUGUGAGCACUGCUCAUGGAUUGAAGUUUACCCAGUCAAAAAUUGAUUAUCAUUCCAAAUCCAUUAAGGACAUGGCUUGCCGAUUUGCUAAUCCACCAGUGCAAGUGAAGGCAGACUAUGGGUCAGUCAUGGAUGUAUUGAAGAAGUAUUUGCUGAGCAAGGCUCCAAAACAUUGAUUAGACAUUCCAAUUUUGCUCUUGAUUAUCAAUCUACUUAGGUACUGUAAUGUCUAAUUAUAGUAGCUUCAAGUUUUUGAGUUCUCUUGGCAUUCUGGAUGCUGCUCUAUGUUGUAUUUUGCUUAUUGUUGUAGACUAUCUUUGUUGAGCGUUUUGUAGCUCUGAGAGAAACAAAUUUGAUAAAAUCUGGAUUUCAGAUCUA